AUGCAGUCCACUGUAGAGUACAAGCCGCUCCAACCAGACAGCGGAUUCCGUCUCAUAACACUGCAACCAUCCUCGGACUUUUCGAGCCCCAUCAAGUGCGAGCUGCACAACGUCGAGCUUCACAACCACCCGCCCUUUGAAGCCUUGUCCUAUGUCUGGGGCCAAACCACAGAAACGCGGCCGAUUCAGGUCGGCCACGGCAUGUUCAACGCAACUAGAAACCUGGAGACUGCCCUUCGCCACCUCCGCCUACCAGACAGGCCACGUCAAAUCUGGGCCGACGCCAUCUGCAUCGACCAGGCGAACCACGCAGAGAAGAGCAACCACAUAGGCUACAUGAGCCAGGUCUACCAACGAUGCGCCACAGACCUCCUCUGGCUCGGCGGGGAUGCCAAAAUGCUGCAAGACGCAGCAUCCUCCAUGGCUCACUUCGGCUCCCUGUUUCGCCUGGAGGACGAGCUGCGCCAGAGAUGGCUGGACCUGAGCGACGAGCAGACGCAGACGCUGGAGCGCAUGCAGGAGAACCUACGCCAUCUCUUUGCAACGCCAGCCUUAUGGAGACGGGUCUGGAUCGUUCAGGAGGUAGCCUUUGCAUCCAGCCUUCUUCUCGUGGCAGGGCAUGCGACGCUGCCGUGGACGGUGGUGGAGGAUUUCCUCGACGUCGACGUCUAUAUCGAGAGAUACGGUGUCCCCGACGCCUUUCACGGCCCGUUCAGCCACGACAUGAGCAUCCGGUCCUGGGCAAGCGGAGCGAUUGCCUACCCGCAAAUCAUGUGCCACCAGCGAAGAGUGGUGAGGGACGAGGUCCAGGCCAACGAGCCAUCAUCAAUGCUGGAUGUUCUCUCCCGAUUUCGGUACACCGAUGCCACUGAUCCGCGGGACAAGAUAUACGCCCUCCUAAGUCUCACGUCGAAUAGACUCGACAUCAAAGUAGACUACAGCCUCUCCACAAGGGCCAUCUACAUCGACUGCAUGAAAAGGCUAAUGGAGCACGAUCGGAACCUCGACCUCUUGUGCCAGUCCGCCUGGCAGCUUUACGGCAACGACAGUCGCAGCAGCGACCUGCCAUCGUGGACCAUAGACUUUGCCAGCCCCGGCCAAACGAGCAUACUCUUCGCGCAGAGGUCCAUCUUCAACGCUGGCGGCGCCGAGGUGGACUUGCCGCUCUCCGUCUCAGAGGGCACGCUGCAGCUCGCGGGCUACGAAAUCGACACCCUAUCCCAUGUCUCGAGAUAUAGUCCGCAAAACCAGAACGCCGUGCCCUACCCCCCUGGCGCGAACCACUGCCUGCAGUGGAUGCCAGACGACCUCAUCCGGGCGGCAAUCCGCAAUGGCAACUCCUCGCUGUCCUCGUUUCUCAAGACCAACCACCCGGAUGCGAGUGCCUGCGACGUCCCCAACUUCCCAGCCUCGUUUGAAGCCUUCUGGCGCACCAUGAUGAUGGACGUGAAGCGCUACCCAAUGGCUCGCCUCACGAGCGCCGACAUCGAGGAGCUGGCGCCGCGGUUCACCAAAUGGAUCACCACGCCUCUAGAUAGCAACAGAGACAUCGACAUCGAUUUUAGAGUCCAAGACGCCGUGUUUGAGUGGUAUACGUGGGAUUUUGCCAUGACCAAGGGCGGGAUCUACUGCAGGCUUCCGCACGGAGCCCAAGACGGCGACUGGAUCACGGUGCUAAAGGGCGCAAAGGUACCGGUUGUUCUGAGGCCCGUCCCAUCCGGAGAUGGAGGUGCAAAUGAAGCAAACAGCGACUUCCUAUUCGUGGGCCCAUGCUACGUCCACGGGUUCAUGGAUGGCCAGGUAUUUGAAAAGAGCAGGGGUUUUGUAGAACGCACAUUCUGCAUCAUCUAG